AUGGCAUCUAUGGACUUUUACAAAGUUGCGAUGGUGGCUCGAGACUCGGAGGGGCGAUGCAGUUGGUGGAGCGUUGCAAAACUCAUAGGUCGACCUAAGGCGGUUGAGGGUGAAGCUCGUGCCGCUCUCUAUGCAAUGUCGACGGCAGUGGCUAAGGGCUGGUCUUCAGUUAUCAUGGAAGGGGUUUCAUUGCAGAUUAUUAAUGCCUUACGAGGAAGAGGAUUCCCAGACGCAUCAUAUGGUGCUCUUCUUGAUGAUUGUUUUUUCCUUUUGAAUUCUUUUUCUGAUUGUUCGUUUUCAUUUAUCAAAAGACAGGGUAAUUGUGUAGCCCAUGCCCUUGCUCAAAUGGCCGUUUUGGACCAACUUGAUGGUGAUGUUCUCCCGUUUGAUGUGGUUAUUUAUGCCUAA